AAAAGAAAAGAAAAGAGAGAGGAGCUUUUGGGUUACAAAUACAAAAUGCAAAACGAAAAUAUUUUUUGAAAGCGUAUAAGUAGUUUCCAUGGCGUGAGAGAGAAAGCACCAAAAAAAAAGAAAAAAAAAAAAAAGAAGAAAAAAAAAAGAGAGAAACGUUUUAGAAGAUUGAAAAUCAUAACGAGGGGGUAUAAAACACAUGGGACUAGAACAGCCAACUCCACCGUUAUACCCUCCUUUGCAUUCCUCUUCUUAGGGUUCUUAUAGUGCUUUCUUUGUUUCUCUGUGUGUGUGUGUGUGUGGUUUUUUUCUCAGCUGCUUUCAGGUAUCUGGGUUUUUUUUUUUUGGAAUUUUUUUGAAUUUUUUUAGGAAAGAUAUAUAGUGGGGUUGUGGAAUUGAGGUCGGUUUAAUUUGAAUUUUGGUUUGUGGGGUGGGUUUUUUUUUUUAUGUGAUCUGGGUCAUUUUGUGUGAUCUGGGUCUGAGGAAAAGUCAUAAAGAGAGAGAAAAAAAAAAAAAUGGAGGAAGUUUGGCUUUGUCAGUGGAGCACGAUUAGAUCUCUUUUGGCUAUUCUUCAAUGGUGGGGUUUCAAUGUCACUGUGAUUGUUAUGAACAAGUGGAUCUUUCAGAAACUUGAUUUUAAGUUUCCGCUAUCUGUAUCGUGCAUUCACUUCAUAUGCUCGGCUAUUGGAGCAUACAUCGUAAUUAAGGUGCUGAAGCUCAAACCACUGAUUGUGGUUGACCCUGAAGAUAGAUGGAGAAGGAUAUUUCCCAUGUCAUUUGUUUUCUGUAUUAACAUAGUGUUGGGUAACGUGAGCCUACGUUACAUUCCAGUUUCUUUUAUGCAAACAAUUAAAUCAUUCACCCCAGCAACCACAGUUAUUUUGCAGUGGCUAAUUUGGAGAAAGUACUUUGACUGGCGUAUUUGGGCUUCCUUGAUACCCAUUGUUGGAGGAAUUCUUCUUACUUCUGUUACAGAGCUUAGUUUUAACAUGUUUGGAUUUUGUGCUGCCUUAUUUGGUUGUUUAGCUACUUCCACUAAAACUAUCCUUGCAGAAUCUCUAUUGCAUGGAUACAAGUUUGACAGCAUAAACACGGUUUACUACAUGGCACCUUUUGCGACCAUGAUCUUGGCUGUACCUGCAAUGCUACUUGAAGGCAAUGGGGUUUUAGAAUGGCUUCACACCCAUCCAUCUAUUGUCCCAUCACUCAUUAUUAUUUUCAGCUCUGGGGUGUUGGCGUUCUGCCUUAACUUCUCCAUUUUUUAUGUCAUUCAUUCCACUACUGCUGUAACAUUCAACGUUGCUGGAAACCUGAAGGUUGCACUUGCUGUCCUUGUGUCAUGGAUGAUAUUCCGAAACCCAAUUUCGGGUUUGAAUGCUGUUGGAUGUGCCAUAACACUAGUGGGAUGUACAUUCUAUGGGUAUGUCAGACAUAUUAUCUCCCAACAGCCACCCGGAACUCCCCGAACACCCCGUACACCUCGGAAUCGUGUGGAGCUCCUUCCCCUUGUAAAUGAUAAAUUAGAUGAUAAGGUCUAAUGGGUUAAAAAAGCCAUGCAUGAAGUUUUUUUGGCAGUUGGAAGGGAUAAUAGGAAGAGAGUACAAAGAAAAUUUAAAGGAAACAAACAUUGCACUUGUUUGUUUUGUAAACUUGCAUUUAGGUUACUUGAAAUUUUUAUGAUUUUCCCUCACUGACGAAUAUUUUCCAGAUCCUUAUUUGUAAUUUGCAGUAUGUUGAGCCUUCAAUAUAUUCUUCUAUUUUCUUACAAA